GCACUGUUUCCGCACUGGAGCUUCGUGGUGAAAUAUUGCACUGCCGCCGGCCGGCUGAGUGUAGCGCUAGCUGUACUUUCUUCAGUUUUCAUGCUACAGGCAGCUUAUACAUGACUGUACUUAUAGAAGAGUUGUUGUAGGUAGCGAGGUGGUGUUAGUUUUGCUGCUUCGUGUCGAAAAUUGUUGGGGUGCAGGCUAUGUAAGAAUCUGUGUAGGUUUUCAUUGAAGUUUCCUGGUGCCUCGGAGGCUCUAUUCGACUGCUACAUACCAUCACGACGUCGAGAACCGGUACACCGUUGGCGUUGAUCUACAGCCUAUCCGCCCACGACGUUCCAAGUCGUGUCCAGGAUUCAAGCAAACCGUGACUCCAGGCUGCAGGAGCGCUCGUCGCUCGACUGUUCAUCGUCCCCAUUUGUCAUGGUGUUCAAGUGAUCAUUCUGGGUUUAUUUUGGUGCGGUUUGUUGCGUGCACAUGCAUCAACAGGUGGUGACUGACGUCCGUGACUUUUGUUGUCGCAGUUAUGGCUGCAGCAGAGAGUCACACGAGCAAAACAUGGCCAUGGUCAAGCCGGAUGUUCCGCGGGUGGAUCCCACACCUCCAAGCAACGCUCAGCUGCGGUGAACUUCGAGUGGAAUGCUGUGCCAAGCGGUUGAUCUCCGAAGCGCAGAAGAAGGAAUUGAUGACGAUAAAAGAUUCUGCCAAACACAAUGACCGACUGCUAGAUAUUCUGAGGAGGGGUACAGCUGAGACCUUCCUCACCUUCUGCAAUAUUGUGCGUAGCAUCGAACCUAAAGCAAAUGUUUCAAAGUUCCUAGAUGACAUGCAGUCAGUGUAUAGCUUCGUUGCAGGCAGUGAAGAUGCAGCAACUAGAAGUCAAGCAGGCAACACAGGGCCAUGGUCAAGCCCGGAGUUCCGCGAGUGGAUUCCACGCCUCCAAGCAACGCUCAGCUGUUGCACAAUCCGCACAGCGUGCCUGUCCAAAGGCCUGCUCACCGAUACGCAGAAGAAGGAAUUGAUGGGAGUAGAAGAUGAUUCGGCCAAACACAAUGACCGACUGCUAGACAUGCUGAGCAGGGGUACAGCUGAGACGUUCCACACCUUCUGUAGUAUAGUGCGUAGCACUGAACCCGAAGCAAACUUUUCAAAGUUCCUAGAUGACAUGCAGUCAGUGGAUACCUUUGUUCCAGUUUCUACAGAAUGCAAGAAAGACUGCAAUAAAGUGUUAGACCUGAUGAAAGAGUUCUCAUCACCGGAACGUCAACGGGUGGUCCACACUGCCGAGGAUGUGGCACGAAUGCGCACGUCACAGACCGUCCUUGACAGGAGAAAGAAACCCAUCCACUUACCACAGCCAACCUCGCCUGUGACCAUUGAUCUGCUGAGGAUGCAGAACAUGGGAGAAGAACAACGACAAGCAGUGUUGACUGAAAUCGAUCGCUUGGCGUCUAGCGCUAGCAUCACUGAUGACCGUGUGGCGCAGGAAUUGCAGUACCAGGGUCAGGUGACACGGGCGGAUGGCCAAGUUGAAAAAUCACCAGCUGAUAUACAAACAGAGUUAAGUAAGCACCCCUGUUUCAUCAGUAUGGGCACUGGAUCUACCAGGGACGGCAGCAGAAUUUCAGAGACCAAGCAGUACUUGAAGGAUACUGGCUUCAUCGACGAGAACACUGUGAUCACAGAGAUCACUGAGUAUGAACUAGUCCCUGUGACUAGGCUGGUUAUUCGUGACAGCAAACGACUGAAGUUUAAAGACGAGAGCUCGUAUAUAGUGAAGUUCAUCAUCGACUGUGAGUAUAAUCACAGAGCCUCGAGUUUCAUUGACAGAGUCGUAGGUAACCUCUGCAAUCUCCUUGGUGAUCAGAGCAUCCACGCAGACAGCGUCCACAGAGAGAGCGGAGGCACAGCAGUGUUUGUACAGAUGUCUGCCCAGACUCAUGCCAAGCUCUGGGAGUUCUGCAAGGAUCGAUCUAGCCUGCUCGCUGGUCAGCACAUCCUCGAAGUGUCAACUGUGGACGGAGCGGUAGUUCUCAAUUUCCGUCCCACGGCAUGCAGUGGUGAAGGUAAGACGUAUUGCUGCAGUAGGAUUACACGGAUAGCAGCUGUAGUUGUAGCAUGGCUACUUUAUGACACGUAAUUUGUAUACACAUAAAUAGUACACCGUAGGAAUGCAUGGAUAGGCUGUGCGCAUACUCGCACUGCCUUGUCUUCUUCUUCUCCUUGUGAGACAAUGAACGAAUAUUGAUAACUACUUACGUAACAACAAGUAUGAUUGUGCUUUGAGUGCUGAGAGUAUACGAGUUACAAUGGUGGCAGCGGAAAAAUAGUCGUCGGUUUUGUCCACGGCUGGGAAGACGCCUCCGCAGGAGAGACAAGUUGCAGAGUCGACAAGUUCCAGAGAGUCUGAGACCAGUUCCAGCUACUCGGGAGACCAGCCCACAGACUAAGUUCUAAUUUACUAGUAUUGAUCAUUCUAGCCUUCGUCUCGUUUUC